CAGCACAGGAGCACACAAGCAAUUCAGCAGCCAAAAAAGCAUCGUGUGCCGCCGGCUUUACUCAACAGUUGUACAACAGUCUGCUGAACGUACCUAUUGACCUUACGUAUCAGACAUACAUACGUACUGACCUUUGCUCGUCCAAUGAAAACGAGCACUAAUGAUUGGAUUUCGCAGUAAUUGAUGUGUUCAUUUCGACACAAUUUAUUGAGAUCUGUCAAGUGUUGGUGGUGUCAUUGAAUCAUGACGUCCAUCAGCGAAGUCGAUGCGGUGCCUAAAUCAAAAAAACCAUCGGGUGAGCAUUUCAGCGAUCGUUAAAGAGCAAGAAGCUAAAAAAGAUCUUGAUUUAGCAACCACGUCGACGAAUUCCCCUCCGAUGGAUUCCCCGAGACAUCCUAUAUUUUACUCGAUGAACGAUGACAACGAGACAAACAGUGCAUUUAAGCAGCAGCGUUUACCAGCCUGGCAACCAAUACUUACAGCUGGUACAGUUCUACCGACUUUCUUUGUGAUAGGAGUUGCAUUUAUACCAGUUGGUAUAGGAUUGCUUUAUUUUUCUGAUGAAGUUAAGGAACACAUCAUCGAUUAUACCAAUUGCAAUUCUACUAAUAUUACUGAUGUAAAUGGGUUGCCUAUGAAAUGUGCAGAUGUGAUUGCGAUGAAUCCAAUUAGAACAUGCAAGUGCGAGAUAAAUUUUGAGCUGCCUGUAGAAUUUGGUGGCAAAGUUUACAUGUAUUAUGGCCUGACAAAUUUCUAUCAGAAUCAUCGUAGAUAUGUGAAAUCUCGAGACGACAGUCAGCUGUUGGGAGAGCUAAGUGAAACUGUUUCGAGUGAUUGUGAACCAUUCGCCUAUGAAGAAGUGAAUGAUACUAAAAUUCCCAUUGCUCCAUGUGGUGCUAUCGCAAAUUCACUUUUUAGUGAUGAGUUGACGCUGUACUCCUCAAAGCAUAAUGGGCCUGUACCGUUAUUAAAAACUGGCAUUGCUUGGCCAUCUGAUAAAAAUAUCAAAUUCAAAAAUCCACAAGGAUAUCCAAAUUUAAAAGAAGCAUUCAAAGGUUUUGCUAAGCCUAAAAAUUGGACUAAACCCAUUUACGAAUUGGAUAAAUAUGAUGAGAGUAACAAUGGUUUCCAAAAUGAGGAUUUAAUUGUAUGGAUGAGAACUGCUGCAUUGCCUACUUUUAGAAAACUCUAUCGUAGAGUUGAUCAUACUGAAGAUGGUUUUAUAAAUGGUCUACUUGCAGGAAACUACUCCCUUAAUGUUGUAUAUUCAUUUUCAGUAUCCUCUUUCCAUGGGAAGAAAAAGAUGAUUUUAAGUACGACCUCACUUCUAGGAGGGAAGAAUCCUUUCCUUGGUAUCGCUUACAUUGUUGUGGGAAGUUUGUGCUUACUACUAGGUGUAGCACUACUUAUUAUACAUAUUAAAUGUUCUAAGAGCAAACUAAUGUAAAGACGACUACAAGAAAAUAUUCUUAGAGCACCAAUGUAUGUUCUUCACCGCUGACAUGAUCAAUGUGACUCCAACUACGGAAUAUCACUAGGAAUCAUUUUUCUGUUCGAAAUGAGUAUAAUUCCAUCAAUACGGAUAAUUUUAUCGAUCAUACAGGACGAGUGAAUAUUUUUCUGGCCAACAACGCUGAUUUUUGUUAGUCAUAAAUUAAAAUACGGAUAAAUAUGAUAGAGCAAAAAAUCGAAAGUUUCUUAUUAAAGGAUAGUCAUCUUUUAAUAGUUUUUAACUAAGUUUCAGUAUUGUUAUGUGUAUCAUACACGCACAACACACACGAUAGGAUUUUCAUAAUUAUAUUUUCUUGAAAUUAAACUGUGCCUAAAUUUGAAAUAGGACCAGUUCGAUUAAAGAUAUUUGAAGAUUACAAUCAAGUAACUAUCGCUCGACAUAAUUAAGUUAUGUAUAUUUCAUCGUGGAGUGCUGUAUCAGCAUAAUGAAUGAAAGUAUUACACAAGAAAUGACAUAAUGCUGAAACCAAAUGUUUGUUAAAAUAUUAUAUUUGUAGAUAGUUAUAUUUUGUAAGAUAUUCUUUUGGAUUAUAAAAAAAUGCACUUUGAUUGCAUUUGAUUGAUGCAC